CAAGAACAACGCCUGGAUGAAGCUGAUGGGCAUCGUCCACAAGGAGCGCCGCCACCACGACUCCGGGGCCACUUCCACAGAUCGCACUCUUAGCCAGUCGCUGCCCAAGCUCAGCAGCCAGGAAGAGGACGGGCACACCCCCCACUCCCAGUUCACUGGCGUAGCCCACUUUGAGCCCAUCCCGCACGACCACGACUUUUGUGAGAGAGUCGUGAUAAACGUCAGCGGCCUCCGGUUCGAGACGCAACUUAGAACGCUAAAUCAGUUUCCUGACACGCUGCUAGGAGAUCCGGCACGCCGCAUCCGCUACUUCGACCCGCUUCGCAAUGAGUACUUCUUCGACAGAAACCGGCCCUCCUUCGACGCCAUCCUGUACUACUACCAGAGCGGCGGUCGCCUGCGCCGCCCCGUCAACGUGCCGCUGGACGUCUUCUCCGAGGAGAUCAAGUUCUACGAGCUGGGCGAGCUGGCGAUCAACAAGUUCCGCGAGGACGAGGGCUUCAUCAAGGAGGAGGAGAAGCCGCUGCCGUCGCACGAGUUCCAGCGCAACGUCUGGCUGCUGUUCGAGUACCCCGAGUCGUCGCAGGCGGCGCGCGUCGUCGCCAUCAUCUCCGUGUUCGUUAUCCUGCUGUCUAUCGUUAUCUUCUGCCUGGAAACGCUGCCCGAGUUCAAGCACUACAAGGUGUUCAACACGACAACCAACGGCACCAAGAUAGAGGAGGACGAGGUGCCGGACAUCACGGACCCGUUCUUCCUCAUAGAGACCAUUUGCAUCAUCUGGUUCACGUUCGAACUGUCCGUGCGCUUCCUGGCGUGUCCCAACAAGCUGCAUUUCUUCCGGGACGUCAUGAACUUUAUCGAUAUCAUCGCCAUCAUUCCGUACUUUAUCACUUUAGCCACCGUUGUGGCAGAGGAGGAGGACACGUUGAACCUGCCACGUGCGCCUGCUAACCCGCAAGACAAAAGCACCAACCAGGCCAUGUCGCUGGCCAUUCUUCGUGUCAUUCGGCUCGUGCGAGUCUUCCGCAUCUUCAAACUUAGCCGGCAUAGUAAGGGCCUGCAGAUCCUAGGGCGCACGCUUAAAGCCAGUAUGCGCGAAUUAGGCUUGCUCAUCUUCUUCCUAUUCAUAGGUGUCGUGCUCUUCUCGAGUGCCGUCUACUUCGCCGAGGCGGGCUCCGAGAAUUCCUUCUUCAAGUCCAUCCCAGACGCGUUCUGGUGGGCAGUGGUCACCAUGACGACUGUGGGCUACGGCGACAUGACGCCGGUCGGCGUGUGGGGCAAGAUCGUGGGGUCGUUGUGUGCAAUCGCUGGCGUGUUGACCAUUGCGCUGCCCGUGCCCGUCAUAGUGUCGAAUUUCAAUUACUUUUAUCAUCGUGAGACGGAUCAGGAAGAGAUGCAGUCGCAGAACUUCAACCACGUGACCAGCUGCCCGUACCUGCCAGGCACCCUAGGCCAACACAUGAAGAAGAGCUCGCUAAGCGAAUCCUCCAGCGAUCUCGUCGAGCUGGAGGAGGGCCUGCUGGUGACGCGCGACCAGCUGGUCCGGAAGCAGAACUGCAAUCCGCGCCACAACAACAACAUCAACGCCAUGAGCAUCGAGACUGACGUUUGACUACGAGUGACGGAUGCGCUGCGCCCACGGCAUCUCGGCGUCCCAAGUUGGUGUUCCCUUCUCCGCCGCCAGCCGCCCUCAUCCUUGCCGCAAACAGCAAUAGCACCACCUCCAUCAACAACAACAAUAACAACAUCACGUUUCGCCAGCAGGAAAACCAAGUGUGUGCGCGCAGUGCUCCGGACGCUUACAGAUACUGCUACCAAUUCACAGUACUUGUUCUCGGUACUUUUGUAUUACCAUAACGAUUGUUUUUGGGUGAGAUAUCCUGCCAAACAUAUAAUAAUAACUUAAUUAUUACAUAAUAAUAAAUACCUAUAAAUAAUGAAUAACUUAUAAUAUAAUAACGUAAUUUAAUGAGUAAAACAACGCGCAUCGGCCGGCGGCAACUCAAACCUUACAACCCCCGCUCAAAUCGGUCUGCGGUCCUGUCGGUCCAGUCAAUUAUUAUACAGCACAACACAUUUUACCAGAUCAUUUUACCUAAAGCGGUCUCCUCUCACACACGAAGACGGAUGCUUCACAUCUAAACGCCACUUUACCUAAUACCUGCCAUUUUGAUAUGUAUUAUACGUCAUCCCCUUGAUUCUUCACGUCUCAUGUACAGUUGGGUGCUCAGGCCUUAAACGUAACGCAACGUAACGUAACGAGCGAUGGCCAACGCCGCGCGCGCGCGCCGGUGUGGCCGCAGCCUUAGUCUCUUAUGCCCAUGGAAACUCUACUGUAAAUUACCGAUGUACUUAAGCUAAGUAACUAACUGUACAUAGUUAUUUGUAACGUUACUACUCCCAUUCAAUGAAGUUAUUACAAUUGUGAUCCUGUUCGAAAUGAAUGUAUUAAAAUAAUAAUAUUGAAUUUUAACUAAGUAUAAAUACUGUAGCGGAUAACCUACUACUUACUGCUUUUAGUUUUAGCGGCAGCAGAGGCAUUUUAAACAAAAUAUAUUAUUGUUCGAAUAAAUUCAUUAAAGAUCGCUACUUUUGAUGUAUAAAAAACGCAAUGAAUAUUCUAAACUCGUCGAGUAUCUCAUAAUAACUUCCUUAAACAUUACUAUACCUACUUUAGUUUUACUGUUUAUAUUAAAGUUAGCCAAAGUUUUUGUACCCUUAAAGUGAUAUUUUCGAUUUAGGUAAAUGUUAAGAUUUGUAAUAAGAUUGACUACUAUAAGUCAUUGAAAUGGCUUAGAAAACUGUACUGCCUUUACGAAUAGAUUUUAAGGAAAAAACCAAAUUUUGCACUAUUUCUAAUUGAAUAAUUAAUACUCUUGAAGUGCGAGUAUCCAGCCAAAAUUUAUUAUUAUCGAUAAGGAUGUGCGAUACAAAUUUCUCUGGACCGGACUCGUUCCUCGCGGGCUUACACUAAAUUCAGACGUUUUGUGCUCAUACAAUACAUAUCUCUUAUGUAUACGAAAACAUCAAUACAACCCAAUUCGUGGACUCGCAAAAACCCUUCGUGAAAAGCUCAACUUUCAACACUUCUUUUUCGGCGGUUGUAUUGAAAGAAAAAAUUACAUAAAUUUCAGUCGAUGUCGCUUCUAAGCUAAGUUCGCUUCGAAUAUAACCCCAAAAAGAAUGCAUCGUUAAGUCAACGAAAGUCUUCUGAAACGUGCGGAGAUUUUUAAGUACCUACUAAAUCAAACAAGGGAAAAAACACCAAGCGAUUUUUUUAAUACUUACAGUACUAACAAGAACUAACGCUCAAAUUGCAGCACACUCCGUGAAGAAGCAAUAAGGGAUUCCUCAAACAUAUCUUUUAGUUUACGAACGGUUUGGUCCAGCGAAGUUGAAUCGUUACGAUAUUGUAAGAGUGAUAUUAUUUUAAGUAAAUUUAAGGUUAUUUUCUUCCAUUUCGGGAAAGAAAAGAGGCGGUUUUUAAAGCACCCGAAACAGUACUGAAUCAUCAUCGAAUUUUACCUACUUGUGCAAUUACGAUCAUGACGAACAAAUCAACUACAAGCGUCUUUAAACAUAUUUUUAUAUUGAUCACGUAUUUUUGUAUCGGCAAGCGUAACUAGAACCUGCACACGCCAAAUUGACGAUUUUCGAAUUACAGAGACAUCUUCAACGCCAUCUAACGGCGCAAUCUAAACAAACCCCACUCUUAAGUUCAUUUCAAUUCCUGUCCUAACGAAAAAUGUACUAUCUCGUUUUUACUUUGCAAAAUCGUCAAUUUGUCUAAAUCAUAAGCCAAAAAAUGAAUUUCCAUCUUUUUCUGAUUUCAGCGAUAAGUGGAGUCGUAAGUGAAAAUCAACAAAUAAAACAAGCACUGACAAUCCUAAUCCACAAAAAAGUGAUCCGAGGUAGCUGUGGACACGAUUCGACUCAAAGUGGCAUUUAGUAGAGUUAAACUGAGUAAUAAAAUAGCACCAAAUUACAAAAAAACAACUAUUGCCUAUUCUAGUAAAUUUUGGCUUCGUCUAUUAACUUACAUGCUAUAAUAAUAGUAAGAGUUGUAGGUGUUAAGAUAUUUUUAAAAUAUAAGGUUAGAAAUAACAACCAUGUAUUAGCAUAAGUAUUUUAUACAUUUUUAGAAUCCAUUACUCUGUAUCUACAUACAACAUUUAAAUAUUUGAGAUGUUCAAGUUCCAUUAUGCGAAAAAUCAAUGCCACCUAGCGUGAAACUCAGUGAUUAAUUUGACGUUUGAUCGUACCCACAGCUCUUUGAUCACUUUUUUAACAUAACAGUAUUUAAUGGUCUCAUUCGUCCAUGUACUUAGUACAAACUAGAUUAUAUCCUUCAUUUUAACGUACCAUAAGAUUUUUAAAAAUUAUUUUAUUUAGUGUUCUAAAAUCAGUAUCUCAAGAGACCUUAAGUUAUUGUUAUCGAAAAUUUUAUUUACAAAUACAAACUUGUCAAACUUUUAAAUCCACUACUGAUUUGUUGACUUAUAGUGACGCAUGGAAAAGUAUUCUAGUCGGCUGUGGACACUAUUGUACAAAAUUACCAACCAGUUACCUUAAAAGUUGCUUAAAGUUUGAGGCAGUGCAUUACUUAAUGCAGUUUUGCCAACUAAUAGUUUCUCGUGUCGUCACACACAAUCCAGGUUGGUCAACCUGAACAAAACGUCAAACACGUCAAUUAGAGUCAUUUUUGCGUGCGUCCAAAACUUUCCACUUGUCUGUAAGUUCACAAAUAUGUAAAUUUACAGAACAUUUUCCGGUUUUCGCGCAGCUGUAAACUUUACACACGAACUCCCAGUUUUGGCAGUCGUCUGUAAGUUUACAGAUGACAGUUACUUAAGUUGGGUUACAGACAAGUACUAAAUGGUGGAUCGAUUUAUGCUAACAAAAUCUCCGCCAACUUCGCAGCAACAAUAUUUGCUAAAAAUUUGUGCACUUAAAGCGCGCUGUAGAAAAUUUUGUUGCUUGCUUUUUUUGUUUCUUUAAGUCUACAGUUAUCUGUCAAAAUUGACAGUUGGCUGUUGGUCACAUCACCGAACUGGGACAGUUUGACGUUACAUCACAUUUAUUGUGUUUGCACACUCUGGUCGUCAAACAAUCAUCUGAAACGACAUAAUUAACUAAAUAUGUUUGAUGUUAGUUAACAUAUUUGGUAUUAGUUAGCAUUAGCCAGGGAUAUGAACUCCGUUUAAUUUUGGUUCACAAUAUUUUUUACCAGUUAAAUUAGCAAACUUAGUUCAAACUGACGACAGGUUAUAAAAUAUAGACACAAAAGCAUCAUGUCUUAAGCACAAAUUACACAAGUUAUGAAUUCUGUUUCAUAUCCCUGCUUCUGAGUAGAACACACGUAGCAUGACUUUUGUUUUGUUAAUCAUAUUGUUAACAUUGACCAAGAGAAAAGACAGUGUUUGAAGAGGAAUAAAAACACUGUCACCUUGAAGCUUCCUUGUAAAGCAUUUGGUCGUGUAAUGAGGGCUUUAGUGUGUAAAAAUUAGCGAAGUUGAGAUAAAUUUUCUCCGUCUACUACUGCAAACUUUUCUAGAAAACACUUGACAAGUUUUUAUUAAGUACCAAUAUUGCACGACGAACAAAUAUACUUUAAAAAUUAUAUUAUAUUUAAGUUAAAGUUGUUCUAAAGGCGAAAAGAACCGUUUUAACUUUUUUACGAUGUAAAACUAAAAAAAAUCUUAUUUUUGUAAAUUUGAGGUUUGUUUUAUGUGUCUUACAAUAAUUUAGUUGUAAAUUUUAAGUCGAAAUUAUCGAUUUACUAACUUGAUGUGAAUAUUGAGAAAGAAAUGAAAAUAUGGCGCGUAAUUUAAACGGUCAUGGCAAUGUCAUAAAAUGUAAUUUUCUAUUGUAACUAUAUUUGUCGCUAAACUAAAGAAGAAUUGCUAUCAAACUUGCAUUUUUGCGUUCUAAUAGAUAUUUAACUUAACCUAGACAUACUAGGUAAUUUCAGAUUGUCGCAUUAGUGCAGUAAGGUAACUUAUUACUUACUCGAAGCUUGCUAUCAUAGAAAAAAUUGAUCGUGACGUCCUCAUUGUCGACGAUAAAAUUACCAUUGCUUUGCUGUUUUCGCGCAUAAAAAUAUCAUUUCCAAGUACUAGUUAAAUAAUUUUGAUUGUUGUGUUCGUUUUGUUUUUUUUAAUUUUUCGAAAAUUAUAGUCAAAAAUAUUGUACGAAAAUUUGUCCAACGUGGUAGAAACGUUUAAAUAUGUCUAACGAAGUCCGACGUGUGUAUUUUAAAAGGAAGUAUGGUUUUAGAGUGCAACGUUUCUGCCAUGUGUUUGAUCUAUCUGUCCGUUCCUCUUCAGACUCUGUCUUGCGCGUCAGUACUGUACCGGGUGCUCUGAAAGCCCUCCGUCUAGGAAAACCAGUGCAGUUUGUCGCUGUAUGCAUGCCUGACGUCGAUAUACAGGGUGUGGUCUGUCGAGCGUAGAGUCACGUGGACCGAAAGGAUUCGCAGGUCGUGAAAUGGGGCUUUAGUCUCCCGUAAGGCCUUGUCAGCGCCCGCGUCGUGGCGCGUCGAUGAAUGCUGUGUAGUGUGCUCACCACCGAACUCUAUUAGUUGUCGGCACUGUUUUAAGUGCUUGUAUUUUUGGGCUGUGUGAAGCUUACCUAGGGUUGGAUUAGCUUUAGCCCUUGUUACAUAUCCACCCGCGUAGCCGGACCGGUCGGGCGUUUGCGGCCGGGAGCCCCGAGGGCCGCCGAAGGCGCCCGAGGAGCCCCGAGGAUCGCCGGCCGGCACCGACCUGCGGCCGCACGCGCCCCACCCUCGCAAUAUAUCACUAUUUAAAUCGAAUUCGAAUGCUAAAUAAUCAUUACUGUGUAGAUAAUCAAUAAUCAAAACACGAAAAUGGUUUCAUUUCUUUGUAUCAGGCGGUAUACUUGUGUAUGUUAAUGUUAUUAUUGUUGUUUCGUUCGUUUGCGGCUAAGGGGGGGCGGGGGGACCGGCCCUCUCUCGCUCCCCUCUGGCCGACACACACCAACCGUGCGCGUCCGAAAAGGCGCCGCUCAUUGUCAUUUUUUUGUGAAUCAGUAUGAAUCUAGUCAUGUUUGUUACAAUUUAAAAUAUUUUAUAAAUGUUGAUUAAUAUACGACAUUCCUAUUUCA